GUCGGCUGGGAAACGUUUCAGCGGGGUUUGGGAAACGCAGGUCGGCCGCGGAAGGAGCGCGGCCGGGGGCUAGUCCGGACGCCCCCUGGGGCUAGCGACCCGUCUCCCCGCCGGAGUGUGGGUCAAUGUCCCGGGGUGGGUGGGGAGAGGUGGCUGGAAGUGUCAUGGGUCCAUGCCUGCCCGGAAUGUCAGUUCUUCCGGGAUCCGCAUUCGGAGUUUACUUCCCACCCACCCGGCACCAUUUUGUUACUUUGUACAAGCAACACAGCCAAAAGUUGCUGGUGAUCGCAGCAGGCCAGGCAGCAUCUCUAGGAAGAGGUGCAGUCGACGUUUCGGGCCGAGACCCUUCGUUAGGUGAAUACGGCGAGUGUUCCCAUGAACGUUGCUGUGGGAUUCUCGAGGACAGGGUUUAGUCGUUUGGCGAUGAAGUGGCAAUAUCUUCCAGCGAUUCUCUUCCUGCUGGUCACUACAUCUCUUGGGGAGUUUAUCGUGAUCACGCCGAGCGCGCCUAUCGUGGUCGAGGUGGGCCAGGACGCCGUGCUGCUUUGCCAGCUGAUUCCGGCCGAGGUCCUCGAGGAGAUGGAGGUGCGCUGGUUUCGGACGGACUGGUCCCAGGUGGUGCACCUGUACCGGAAGGGGCAGGACGUUCCUGAUAUCCAGAUGGCACAGUACUCCGGGAGGACAGAGCUGUUCAAGGAUGCCUUUCCCCAGGGGAAUGUCUCCCUGCUGCUGAAGAAGGUGACGGUGGGCGACACGGGACACUACAAGUGCUUCGUAGUCUCCAAGGCUGAGGACCAGGAGGGCUCUCUGCAGCUGCAAGUUGCCAGUAUGGGAGACCCGCCCACGAUGAAGAUGGUGGGCUACGAGGGCAGCAAAGUCCUGCUGGGCUGCGUCUCGGAGAAGUGGUUCCCGCGGCCGCAAGUGUUGUGGCGGGACGCCGCGGGCCAGCUCGUCACUGCACACCGGGAGUCGGCAAAACCGGACGAGGCUGGGCUGCUGACGGUGGACAGUGUCAUCGCUGUGAGUCACGGCGCCUCUACUGACUACUCCUGUGUCAUCCAAAACCAACCCCUGGGCCGGGAGUAUCAGGGACAGCUGAAGAUAUCAGAUGCCUUCUUCCCCAGGACCUCGGGCUGGCUGGGGGGUUUCCUGUUCACCCUCUUCCUCCUCUUGGCUGUUGUUGGUGUAUUUUUCGUCUUCUGGAGGAGAAAACGUCAGCGAGACCAGAAGAUGAAAGAAUUGUGGUUGCGGCCCACUUACGAAGAGUACACAGAUCUGCAGAAUAAGCUCGAACAAGAAAAGAUUGGAGUGCAGCAGGAGAAGAACAACUUGCUGGAACAGAUGGAAAAACAAAAGCUGGUUGCAAAAUCAGAGUACGAUGCGCUCCUCCACACCAUAGAGUGGGAAAAGAUGUUGCGAUGUGCAGUCACAGUCCGCCUGGACCCCGAGACUGCCAAUGGAAACCUGGAGGUGUUUGAGGAUGGGACAGCUGUCCGAGACGCGGGCGGCUGGCGCAAUGUCACUGAGAAUGACAGGAGGUUCGAUCGGUACCCAUUCCUGCUGGGCACGCAGGCCUUCGAGGCGGGUAAACACUACUGGGAGGUGUCGGUGGUCGAGUGCCCCAACUGGGACCUGGGGGUGGCCAGGAACUCGGUAGAUCGCAAGGGCAGGGUCACCCUGCGCCCGGAGGAAGGCUACUGGUGCAUCAGCCAUUGCUGGGACAGGUAUGAAGUGAAGGGCUUGGAAAACAAAGACUUGAACCUGGAGGACAAGGUCGCCAUCAUCGGCAUCUUCCUGAACUACGACGAGGGUAUCGUCUCCUUCCACGACGCUGUCCGGAAACAGAAGCUACACUCCUUCGCCGCCACGUUUGUCGAACCCAUCUACCCCUUCUUCUGCCCCUGGAGAUGCCCGGAGCCAUUGCGAAUCACCCCUGUCCAAUUGGAGGAAUGAGUUCUCCCGACCCCAUGGAUAAUCCGGGAGGCUUUUUGUUUCUCUGUGGAUAACUGGGACCUGAGGGGACUCCUGUGUGUCUGGGGUGAGGGGAUGUUUCAGUGUGACAGGGGUGACCGCCUGUUGUGAAUUGUUCACCACCCCUGCCCUUGUUUUAGGCGGGUUUAACCCUGUGCUGUUUAGGAGAAGUAGCCAGCGGUGCUGAAAGCAUUUGAUGGGCUGACUGGCCUUUUCUUGAAUGUAAAUAGCUUUCUGGUUAGUAAUUAUGCCAGAAUGCCUAAUGAGGUUUGAUGUCCACAAUUGCCUCUGAAGGGUGUCUGUCUGCAAUCCAGGUUUCUCUUUACCACCAGCCCCCCCAUCUCAGGUCAGAUCAACUUCAUUUGCUUAUCAAAUGGACGUUGAAUUUGUACGAGUGGAUAUGAAAUGGAUGUUUCUUCCUGUGAGGGAGUCUGGGACCAGACGGCACAGCAUCAGAAUCGGGGGACAUCUGUUUAGAGCGAGGAGGGAUUUCUCAAUCCAGACGGUGGGGAAUGUGUGGAAUUCAUCGCCACAGACGGCUGGGUGCACUUAAAGCUGAGUUUGGAGGGUUGGGUUGGGUUGAAAGGUUGUGGGGUUAAGAGGGAUGAAAUGGUGGAGCAGUCCAGUCUCGAUGGGCCGAGUGGCCGAACUCUGCUCCUGUAUCUCCUGGUUUUAUGGAAAUGCACCUUUUGUGUUAACAACCGGCACAACCAUAGGCUGUGCCGGAGACGGCCCGCAAACGUUGCCACGCAUUUCAGCGCCAACACCACAGGACCACGAUGCUUCGCACAACAACACAGAGGACGACAAAACAGCAGAACAAGGAACAAAACAAGACCUGCUCCUCCAGCCCCAGCGCGGGCCGCCCCCGGCCCCCGGCCCCUGGCACGGACCGUCUCCGACCUCCGGCCCCACUUGCACUGGCAGAUUCUCAGCCAGUCUCAUUGCAUGUUUUCUAGGAAGUUGGCCUGCUGACCCGUGCCCUCCUGGCAGCUCGUCAGGGGAUGUACAACAAACUGAAACCAUUUGUACAUUUUUUAUAUUUGCGAUACCAGGCCACAAAGCAUGUGCGAGGAAACGUUAUGAGUCAGCUGCACCUUUCCUCAUCCCUGUCUGGCCCAUUGUUGGAACUUGAAUGCACAUGAAGUCAUUCCAUAAGGAACCCCCUUCGAGUAUUGCUGUCUCCUGCCACUCCUCGAUGGGACCAUCUUGUUGCAGAGAAACAAGCCCAGGGCUCCCACUGAUUCACCGAUAUUGGUGCAUUCUAAUGAUUUUAUAUGUUCAUAUGAGGAAAAUAUGCACUGUUUAAUAGCCAAAUGUGACUUAAAAUGUUAUGAUGUUAUUGACUUUAUAUAAAUAAUUUAU